CCAUUCAACCCUGUGAGAAACAAGAGCUGCGCGUAAAAUCGAGAAAGAGAGCAAAACAAAGUCGAAAGUACAUACGUACAUGCAUACAGAGCUAAUUGGGAAGAAAACACGGUUCGCGCCAUUUCAUAAUCCACAAACUAAAAAAAAGUAUAUUGGAUUCGUAACGCGUAAUUAAUAAUUUCCGGGUUUUGUCUCAGGCCAACAGAAUCUGUGUGACCACUUUGUUUGUAGAGACGCUUGGCGUGCCUCAUGUCAAUGUGUGUUUGUGUACCUGUGUUUGUAAAUUCACAUUUCGUUAUUAAAGGCACAAUAAAAUAUGGAUACUGAUACAGAAGAUGAUUCUGCAAACUCCAGCACUACUUCCAGUGAUGUAAUCAAAAGUCUGUUGGAAAUAGCAAAAAGCCGACCCGCCACCAAUGUGGCCAAAGCAAUUUUGGCUUACCAUGAGACACCGGAGCUGUCAAAUCUGCUUCUUGUCAUCGAGGAAGUGUCAAAGAACACAGAUUUUGCAACCGAUCUGCAGUUGUCGCUAUGCUAUUAUCUGGAAGAAUUUUUGAAUCAAUGGUGCAACUCGAAUGUGGCGCCUCGCACAAAGUGGGCUACCGUCGGCAACGUGCUGCAAUACAGCAUCAAAAUCUAUGAAAUCCGUGUGGAUCUCAUGCACCAGGAGGUGCUGAAACAGGUAUCCAAACUGCUCUUAGUCGAUCCCAGCAAGGAUGACAGCAACAAUCAGAAUGGCGGCAAUGAGGCUAACAAGCCGGAGGAGCCGCGCAAGCGCCGCACUAAGAAGCUCAUUCAAACGGAAAUCGAUGCCUUUUCUUAUAAAUUGCAACCUCGAAAGUUCAAAACUAUGUCCGAGGAGAAGCGCUUUAGUCGCGUCGGCUUUGAGACAAAUAAGAAUCGAAAUCGUACAAUUGAGCACAUGUAUCAGGAUCAUACGCCGUCCCAUCUGUGGAAGUAUGCUCCCAUUGUGGAGCCAGGCAAUGCCUACGAGCACGAUGAGAAAAAGAACUACAAGCUGUUCACAUAUCUACCCGAGCCGAGAUAUAAUACGCUACUGCCGGACAUCCAGUUUGAGCGUCUCAAUUUGAUCAAAGAAUAUGUGAAUGCGAAUCAUGAUGUCUGCAACACUCUCAACGAGAACAUGAGCAACCGGGAGUAUCUGGAUGAGUACAUAGCUCUGGAGAAUCAAAUGCUCGCCUCUCGCUUCGGGGAGUUAAGUAUACAGAAACGACCGCGGGAUGGGCUGAAUGACGAGCAGGCCAAGCGAAUAUGCUUUGAUCAGCAAAAUCAGCAGAAACGCUCCAUGGAGAGUCCCGUAGAGAAUUCUAAACGAAUAAGACUGAGUGAGGAGUGGGACGAUAGCUAUGAUAUCAACAUGGAGUUAGACGAAACUGGUGCUCCUGUCACAGAGUUGGGCGAUAAGCUAAAUUCACUGAUGCUCUCUGAUGCGUCAGAUGUGAAGCUCAAUGACAGCCAGUUGGACGAAUGCGUGUUGAGCAGUACGCUAGCCUCGAAUGAGCCUAGCUGCUUGAACAACACGUCACAGCUGGAACUGUCUGUUGAUAAGAUUGAUAAGGACGACAGCAAUGAUGCUGGCAUUGGCAUGGAGGAUCUAAUUAUUCCGUUGGUAACAGCUCAAUCUUUUGAUGACGAGGGUAUUGUUCUUACAGAUAAUAUAGAGGAGCUUCAGCGUCUGCAGUCGCUGUCGCCCAAGGUAAUAAUACAGGACAUACUGCCCGGUGUGCCCGACAAGGCCAACCUGAGUGUGCGCGUCGACUCCGAAAUGCUUGCCCUGGGUGGCAUCAAUGAGGUGCUCGAGGAAAUUGUGAAUGCGCCACGUGCGGUUCACUAUCCGAUCGAGCUAAAUAUUUUUCAGUUACCCAAGAAACCACUACUCAGACAAUGUCUCUUUAAACUAACCAGCGAAUUUAAGUUAUUUAAACAAGCGCGCAUUCCAGUCAGACGAGUGGCUGAGCCCAAACCACCAAGAAUUGUGCCUGUUGUCAACCAUUCAGAAUUGGAAUUUGAUUCAGAAUUUAACUUUCUUGGCUUCAGACGUUCCACGUAUGAUUCUGGCAUAGAUCAGGAGGAGAUUAGAGCGGAAAUGGUCCAUUCGCCAUCGGAUGAUGGCAUUAUCGUUGAUGUGGCCGUUGAUGAGCCACUGGACUUAAACGCAACCGAAACUGCCCUCCAGUCUGGUGAAGCUCAACAAGUAAGAGAUGUUGAGGAAUUGGAAAAGGACCUGACAUUGCUGGAAAUUCCAAUGGACACCAUCGACACAACUUUAAAUAAAACGGAAGCAAAUGGGGACUUAGGUGCCGACGGGACGUUGCCUGAAAUGCCACUGGACACCUUGGACACGACAACAGCAUUAAAUGAAGCGAAUUUGGAUGCCAUCGAGACAUUGCCUGAAAUUCCAUUGGACUUACAAGCAUUGGAUGAAACAGAGAACACAAGAGUGUUAACACAGGAUAGUGGCUUAGGUGCCACUCUCGUGGACGCAGACCGCGAAGGCUGCGACAAAGCUAAUACAGACUGGGAUGAUGACUACACCUACAAUAGUAUUGAUGAAGAAACUGAUGCUAGGAUUUUUGAGUGGCAUCGCCGAAUGGGGCCCAUACUGGAAAGGGCACAUGAGCGUCAGAAUUUCAGCAUAGAGGAUCUAAAGAAAGAUCUUAUAGACAAAUGCGUCGAACAAGGAGGAGAAGCGACGUUCGCGGAUGUUGUGCGGGAUAAGGAACAAGGCGCAUACUGUCGCUAUUUGCUGGCAAUGCUGCUGCUGAUAAAUGAUGGAAAUGUGGAGCCGCCAAAUUCCGCACAUAAUAAGGAGGAACCAAUUGACUUGCAUCAACUCAAGAUGAAAUUGAUCAGCACAAAAUUAAAACAAAUAAAUCCCGAGGACGACAUUGGCAACAUGAAUAAUGCCAACGAGUCUGAUACGACAACCAGCACAGCACCAGCAGCACCAUCACAUACACCAACACAACCAGCUAAAGCUGUGCGUCGCAAGUCAUCUGAGUCUGACGCGUUUGGACCAACAAAUGUAAAAAUAGUGCGUCUUAUCAAACCUGUGCCAAAGGCAAGCUCACGUCCAGAUGAUGCAGACUCUGGCAUAUCAUCGCUGUCGGCCUCCAUAGCGUCCACGUACUCCUCAGUCACGUAGCGGAGGCCGUAGGGAUAGCUGCUGCCGUGUGUCCUCUGUGUGCAUGCUUAUGUUGAUAUUUGUGUUUAGUCUAGUCUAGUCUGUCGGGCAAAGAUUAAUACUGACGUUUGUAGAUCAUAUGUAUGCAUGUACCUAUCAAUAUGUUUUGUCAAAUCAGAUUUUUAAUUUUACCUAACGCGAAUUAUUCCUUGCAGCAGAGGAGAUUGCCCCGACGUCUGCCCUUUCCAUGGGCAUUAAAGAAAAUUAAGAGGCUGCGCUGGCCG